UUUUACUUUGAGUUCAGCCUCUCCAGACGCACGCGUGGAACAGCGCGUUCCCCCGAGAGGUGAGGCUGGGCUCGUGACAGCCUGCCUGCCGAUUACUGUAAAGUUUGCAGCGUAGACAAUGACGGUGGUGAUGUUACCUGUUUGACUCAGAUUACUUUCAGCAGCAGAGAGUCGUGUUGACUCUGGACUAAAGUUUCGGCGGUGUCGCGCGCUGCUGCAACUUCAGGACCAUCGGCUGUCCGUCCAGGUGGAGACUGAUCAAGCUCCGGUUGACGGGAUUUCUCUGCGAUAAAUGAGUCAAACGACGCAGGGGCAGACUGCGCUGGGACUGACGUACACACCAUGGCAUGGCGAGGGUGGUCAAAACUCUGCUGUGGUGAAAAAUGGCUGCUGCUCAUCUCCCCCAUCUUCCUCCUCUUCUUCACGAUCUCUGUGAUGAUAAUUACUCUCCCACUUCCUUUGCCGCUCGCUUACACUGACCGUCAGUUUUCCCAUGCCCUGAGCUCCAGUGGGGACUUCAGACCCCGGCCCAGGAUCAUUGAGCUCCCUCCAGAAUCUGCCUUCCAGCAGCCACUCACUCACAUACAGCGCAGCACCUGGAAAACAAACAGUGGGAAAGAGAUGUCUAAAUGCUCAGUGGCACCUAAACCUUUUAGGGAUGCUGCUGGUGAUGACAAAAACAGCUUCAAAGGGAGAAGUCACAUAGAACUGCACAGAAAUAAACACAAAGACAUUGCUUCCAAAAGAAGAGAGAUGGCAGCUGCUGUCCAGCAUUCAACCAGUCGUCACCGCCCCAGUCUCCCAGAGUUUACAGUCAACAACACAGGACCAAAACAUAGAAUUAAGCCAAGCAACCACAGUGUUGUGGUAAAGCACACUGCACUGAUAUACAUUCAUGCUGAAAGCAGCAAAUCAACAGCAGCACAUAUCCCUGUUUCAGAAAAUACUCUAAAAAGUGACAUGCAAGCUUCAGACAGAUUGACAAGCAGAUGGAAAGAUAGAAACACAAAAAGAAAUGCAGCGACUCAAAUAAGUGCUAAGAUAGAUGAACAUUACCAGGAUUUGAAAAAACACACACAGCACUCUAGGAAAUCUGACAAAAUCAGUAAGGAGCAGGAGGCUGUGAAAAAGCCCUUUAGGGAUCUCAAAAAACACAAUAAUCUUUCCAAGGAGCAGUUUGAGGUGAAGAAAAAUCCUGGGUCAUUGGACGGUAGAAAGGCUUUGUCCAAACAGGAGGCAGCCAUAAAGAAAGAUGACGGCGGCUGGUGUCUGAGCUUCUCAGGGGAGGACUUUCCAAACAAUGAUCAGAGGAAGAUCAGGAUUAGUCCAGAUCUCCGGCCACUUCCCUGGCUCAGUGAGGAUGACAUCCAGAAGAUGGUGCUCCUCGCUGAGGGUGAGGUGGUCAGUAAGGCCAGAGUACCUGCACAUGGACAGGUUCUCCAAGUGGCACUGGAUCAUCCUGCACACCAGCAGCAGAUAUCACUGAAGAGGGAUUCACCUCAGCAUGGACUUGGCCAACGACAUCCAGAAACCCAUAGUAAGCGCUGCCAGCAGGGGCGCUGCUCCCUGGUCAAACGCACUGAUGACUGGUUUGAAGUGUUUGCCUUCCACCUGGACAGGGUGCUGGGUUUGAACCGAAGUCUCCCCACUGUGCUUAGGAGUUUGCAAAGUGAGAUUUUACCAUAUCGAUACAUCAGGGGCACCCCCAGACCUGUAGUGUGGUGGGAUCCAGAUAUUCAGCACCUUGCAGAUCGAGACCAAGACCAGAACUCUUUUCCACUCAAAUGGGUCCAGUACCAGAAGCUGCUGCAGGUCCACUGUGGGAGUGAAGCAGACCAGAGGUCUGCGCCGUGCGUGGGAGUUGAACAUUCAGAAUGGGGGAGAUUGGCUCUUUUUGACUUCUUAUUACAGGUUAAUGACCGGUUGGAUAGGUACUGCUGUGGUUUCACACCUGAUCCGACAGACAUGUGUGUGGAGAACCUGCUGCACACCAAGUGUGGCAACACUGAGGACCUGCUGCUGGUUCACAUCCUGGUGAAGAAGGCAGAUCCCUCUAGACUGGUGUUCAUAGACAAUGCUGGCAGACCCCAGCAGUCCAGUGACAACCUCAACUUCCGGCUGGUGGAGGGCAUUGAUGAGUUUCCAGAGAGAGCAGUGUCCGUGCUCCAGUCAGGCUGUCUGGAGAGUCUUCUUCUGCACUCCCUUUACACAGACAAGGAAUUCUGGGAUAGCCAAGGUGGGGCCAGCAGUCUCAGGCUUCUUAUCCGCACUGUGGAGCAAAGAGGAAAGAUUCUCCUCCAGCACAUCAGGGACAAGAAAUUAUAGCUCAAGAAGGACCUGUGAUGGAGCUGAGCUGACCAAAAAGAAAUAGAAAACAAACUCAGAAAUAAAUCAUGAGUGUCGUCAUCAGUGAUGAUGAUAUUGUAAAUCAUCAUUUACAUUAAAUACAACAAUCCCAGGGACAACCUUAGGAUCCAUGGACCAAUCUUUUACAGAUUAAAAACCCAAAAGUGGUGAGAUCAGAAAUGUUCCUUCAGCCUCCAAGCCUCUGAGUGGGUGUUGCCAUUUGCAUAUCUGAUUGGUAGCACCAACCAACACAGGAACACAGUAUAAAACUUAGCUAUUAGCUGUAGCAUGCAAGUGAAGCACACACACAGUGUUCAGUUAGCAGGAGUGUUGAAGAGCACAGACAAUAGCACUUUUAAGCUCGUAAAUGUUCUCUUGUUGACAAGAUAACAAAUUCACUGGCCCACAGUGUAUGUUUCCACCAUGGACAUAAAAUAGGAACCGGAUUAAGCGUCAGAGAUGGGUCCAUGUUCAUUGUUAUUAAAGCUGCUCAUUAGUGCAUGAAACCAAACAGUUGGAUUCCUGAAUAUAAAAUUGGCCAGCUCUGCUGCAUAACUUCUGCAGUGUGGGGCUAGAGUAUACCCACCAGAGACUCUUGCUGGCUGAGAGGAUUGCAUAAUGUCUUGGCUCUUCUUGACCUUCCAAAUAUUAUCAGACCAAAUGGCUCAAAUUCUUACAGUGAAACAUGUCAUAAAAUGUUUCUACCAUUUUACCAUAAGCUUGUGUGAAAAAAGUAUUUUUGAAUUAUGUUCUUAUGACACAGUUUGGCCACCUUUUUAGCUUAGCUUCAAAGACUGAUCCAUUUCCUGCAGCAUCGGUUUCCACUGGUGGAACUGGUUAGCUAACAUUGACACUGCAUGAAAAGCAGGAUUUUGGUCAGUAAGCAGCACUGGAGAUUGUCGUGGAAGUUCAGGUUUACAAGUGCACACAGCGAUUUGCAGGCAACAGCAAAAACUGCCGUGAAUCAUCUGAAACUGACAUGGGCCUUGCUUGGCAGUUGUCCCCCUAUGACCUCCCUCCCCCUAAUUCUAGGGGAGGCUUUAACAUGUAAAUGAAAAUGCUGUGAGCUAUACAAAUGCAAAUCAGGGUAGCAGGGGGAGUUUUACCCCAGGUGACCUUUUUCUAAAAGGUCUUAACUUCAUUUUAAGAAAAUCUCUGGUAUAAACAGAUCAGGCUCAGUAUAGCCGAAUUAUAGACUGCAUUUUAGCUUGAUUUAUUUAAUAUAAGUAUGCUAGAUUAAUUACUGUGUCACUGUCAAUGGCCAAUGUUAUGUAAAAAAGAUACACAAAAUGGUUUAUUUAUUUAUUUUUUCUCUCCUGGGAACAAGGUAAAUAUAAAACGCCAGUUGUUAAGAAGUUAAAAUUUGCAUGAAAUCUUUUGAGAUAAGAUAUUAAAAUGUAUAAAUAAUUUCUGUUUAAAAUGUGUGAAUUUCUUGGGUUCUGAAUGUUUAAAAGAAGUUAAAGAAGAAGAAGAAGAAGAAGAAGAAGAAGAAGAAGAAGAAGAAGAAGAAGCCGAGAGUUAAUGGCGUCGAGCAGCUAACAGUGGACUGUGUGUGUCGUCAGUGUCAUGUUUUAUCACUAAUGGACUGUCAGCUGUUGUCAGACGACAUGCUGCGAGUGUGUGAGCUGGAGUCUCCAUUGAAGUGUUUGUGUUGCUGUGAGCAUUUUGUUUUCACAGAACAACCUUGCCUCAUUAAGAGGCCAUGACCUCCUAUUAGCUCUGAUCUAUGUAUGCAAGGCGAGAUUUACAUGAUGCUGAUAAUGAAGCCAUUGUGUUUAAGUAACUUUUAUUGUUUACGCCUUCCUUGUUUAAUUUUAAUGUGACUUACGUAUUAUUUAUACCACUCUCAUUUUAUUGUUUUCCAGCUGCCUGGAUAUUUUUAGGGAUUUCAAUAAGAAGUAGACAGACAACCAGUAGCAUUGUGACAGGUUAAUGCAAAGACAAAUAACACCAUCACUGAACCAAUGCAUAAGCUAGAAGUGCAAACAGUUAUGAAUGGGGGCCAAGCCCCCCCUCGCGACUCGGACCCCAUGCACCACAGAACACAUGGACGUUUGCCCCAAAGGAUGACGGGCUUGGGGCAAAAAUGAGGACAUAGGCCAUUGUCUGAGCCGUGGUACUCGCUGUAAUGGGUAGUGCACUGG